GUUUCAAAUUAUAUUAAAUGUUCUUAUCUCUUGUUACAGGUUUGCUGAAAGCUGGGCAACAAAUUUAAAACUAUGAGUGAAUCAAUUUUCACAAACAUCAAGAACUUCAGCAACAAUAAAUAUUUAAGCUACUUGAGUGAACCGGAUAACGGUAGCAAAACGGCAACAUUACAAUCCCAAGUGAUUCCUGAAAAUUUGGAUUUUACCAAAUAUGAAGACAGAAUAAAAUCGUACGUCAACUGGCCAAACAGGGAUAUAUCGAAAGAGGCAUUAGCAAAGGCUGGAUUUUACUAUAAAAAUCGCAAUGACAUUGUGCAGUGCCCGUACUGUCACAUAGAAGGUUACCAGUGGAUGGCAGGUGAUGAGCCUAUGGAGGAUCAUAGAACUUGGAGCCCUAAUUGUGCUUUUGUUAUGAAUUCAGUUGAACCAGAUUCUCCUAGCCCCCGCACCUCGGACACUUGUGGAUUGUAUGGUGUCGAAAUUCUUCCAAACUCAGUUCCUGAAGAUGAAAUCCAUUUAGAAAAGUUGGGCAUCCAGAAAAACAAAGGUCCAGCGCACCCAGACAGGUUUUCUUAUGACCUAAGACUACAGACCUUUGAGUGCUGGCCGAAAUCAAUUAAGCAAACUCCUCACGAUCUGGCAGAUGCUGGAUUCUUCUAUGUUGGAGUAGGAGACCAAACUAUUUGCUUUCAUUGUGGUGGUGGAUUAAAAGACUGGGAAGAAAACGACAGCCCUUGGGAAGAGCACGCUCUUUGGUUCCCUAAAUGUUCUUAUCUGUUCCUAAAGAAGGGUCCCGAAUACAUAAAUGAUGUUAAACAAAAAAGGGACCCAAGGGCGCCUUCGGCACCCUCUAGCUCUGAAACCAAAGAACCUAAACCUGAACAAUUAAGUGUUAAAAACGGCGAAGCUGCUUCUGAGAAGGAAGAUCAAAGAAACGAAAAGACUUUGUGUAAAAUUUGUUUAAAUAACGAAGUUGGUGUGGUAUUUUUGCCUUGUGGACAUAUUGUUGCCUGUGUAGAGUGUUCUGCUGCACUUAAAAAUUGUGCUGUUUGUCGGAAACCCUUAGAAGCAACGGUCCGAGCGUUCCUAUCAUAGACUAUAGUUUUCUAUAUUAUGUAUUUAUCAACUUGUUCAUAUUGAUACUGAUAAUUAUUCUAAAAUAAUUUAUUUUAAAAUCAUUGUCAAGUUUCAAUUCGAACAAGUCUAACACUUUUUCUAUUUUGAAAAUUUGGGCUAGUCACAUUUUGAUGUUCUUUCGGAAUAAAAAAAAAAUUAAUUGAUAAGAAUUUGUUGUCAGAAAUUAAACGUUUACUUUUAUUAGGGUAUUGAAGAGAUCUAUCUAUUUUUAUACAUUUGACUUCGUAGAACUCGGACUUCAAGUACAAACUUCAUUUCUAGUUUUUAAGUUUAAACACUACGCUUUAAAAAUACAUUAGUUCCGAGACGCUUAUAGAAUUUUCACUUAUUUUAGUUACACGACUGCAACAAUCCAUAUCCUUUUAAUAGACUAAUUAAUAAUCAACAUUUGAACCACACUGUUAGCUUAUUGUAAAAUCUUUAGAAAUUUUUGUGUGAUUCGUUUGUGAAUGUAAAUAUGUAUGUAAGGUCUAAAGCGUGUGAAGUGUUACAUAAAUAUAUUAUUUAUACAAAAACAUUUA